GAGAAUACGCCAGAGUGCAGCAGUCGACCGUUAGGUUUCACCAUGUAACGUUGUAUAAAAUAAUAGCAGGAUUUCGCUUUUCAUAAACUUGUAUUCCGAUUUAGUGGAAUAAUAGUGAUAAAUAUAUUAACAUGAUAUACAUAAUCGCUUUGUCGGUGAUAGCGGGUGUUCUAGGUUUUUACUAUUACUUUUUUAAAGAUUUAAAUUACUUUAAGAAACAUGGCAUAUUGCAUAAGCCACCUUUUCCUAUAUUGGGAAAUAUGGGACCGUCAGUUCUCCGUCUCCAAUCGGUAGCCGAACUCGUCAAGGACAUUUACAAUCUACAUUCUGAAGCAAAAUACGUCGGUAUGUUUGAUAUGACUAACCCACUUAUAAUGGUGCGCGAUCCCGAGCUUAUUAAAUCCAUUACGUUGAAACACUUCGAUAUGUUCCCGGAUCAUCGCAGCUUCGUGGACGAAACGCAAGACCCGUUAUUUGGCAAAAAUCUUUUUUCAAUUCGCGGAGAGAGAUGGCGGCAAGUACGAUCUUUAUUGAGUCCAGCCUUCACAUCUAGCAAAAUGAAAAGUAUGUUUAAGUUAAUGUCAGAAUGUGCCGACGAUUUUGCCACCUUCUUAGCGCAAUUGCCACCAGAACAAAGGAUGAUACAAGUAAAAGACGUUUUUACCAGAUAUACUAACGACGUAAUCGCUACUUGUGCUUUUGGCAUCACUGUUGAUUCCAUGAGAAAUCCAAAAAAUCAAUUUUACAUAUAUGGCAAAGAGGCGACCACUUUCAACAGUAUUGCCUUAAUAAAAUUAUAUAUAUUCAGAAGUUUGCCUACGCUGGCACGAUUAAUAAAUUUGAAAAUUGUCCGUCAGAAAAUAGCAGAUUUCUUCCGAGAUCUUGUGGAAACUACUAUAAAAACUAGGGAUGAGAAUAGUAUUGUUCGACCUGAUAUGUUGCAAUUGAUGAUGGAAAACAGAGGUAAAGAGGGCAAGCCAGAAUUAAGUAUCGAAGAUAUGGUAUCGCAGGCGUUUAUCUUUUUCUUUGGUGGUUUCGACAGUACUUCAACACUAAUGUGUUUUGCUGCUCACGAAAUCGCAGUGAAUCCAGAUAUACAAAAAAGACUUCAAGAUGAAAUCGAUCGAAUCUUGGAAGAAAACAAUGGAGAAGCACCUUACGAAGCUGUUAAUGGUAUGGAAUAUUUAGAUGCUGUGAUCUGCGAAGCUCUCCGAAUGUAUCCGGUUGCCGUGGCAAUGGACAGAUUAUGCGAAAAAGAUUUUGAGUUACCGCCGGCAUUACCGGGAAUGAAGCCUUUUACAAUAAAGAAAGGACAGGGUAUAUGGAUACCUAUUUAUGGACUUCAACAUGAUCCUAAAUAUUUCGAAGAACCGGAAAAGUUUGAUCCCGAGCGAUUUCUUGGUGAAAAGAGGAAACACAGUCUCAACUGCGGAGCUUACAUUCCUUUCGGUCUUGGUCCUAGAAUGUGCAUAGGUAACAGAUUUGCAUUGCUAGAAACGAAAGUUCUACUCUUUUAUCUACUAGCCCGUUGCGAUCUGAAAGUUUGCGAAAAAACACCGAUACCGAUCAAGAUCGCUAAAGAUGGGUUCAAUAUGAAACCUGAAGGUGGUUUUUGGCUGAAUGUGGAACCAAGAGAAAACAUACAUCAUACCCUUUCAACUAAAUUAGUCAAUGGAACAUGUGACCUGACAUUGAAUAGAAUAUGCGUCAAAGAUUUUGAAUUGCCUUCAACAUUACCAGGGAUGAAAUCUUUUAUUAUAAAGAAAGGACAAGGCAUACCAGUUUAUGGACUUUAUCAUGAUUCUAAAUAUUUCGAAAAACCGGAGAAAUUUGAUCCUAAGCGGUUUCUUAGUAAGCGCAAAAAACAUACUCUAAACUGUGGAGCUUCCUUUCCUUUCGGUUUAGGUCCAAGGAUGAGCAUAGAUAACAGUAAUAGAUAUAUUACCAUGAUGUAUGUAAUCGCUUUAUCGGUAAUAGCGGGUGUUCUAGGAUUUUAUUAUUAUUUCUUCAAAGAUUGGAAUUAUUUCAAAAAACAUAAUAUAUUGCAUAAGCCACCUAUUCCUAUAGUGGGAAAUAUGGGACCAUCAGUAUUUCGUCUCCAAUCGAUAGCCGAACUUAUCAAGGACAUUUACAAUCUACAUUCUGAAGCGAAAUACAUUGGAAUAUUUGAUAUGACUAAACCAUGUAUAAUAGUGCGCGACCCCGAGCUUAUUAAAUCCAUUGCAUUAAAACAUUUCGAUAUAUUUCCGGAUCAUCGCAGUUUCGUGAACGAAUCUCAAGAUUCAAUAUUUGGCAAAAAUCUUUUUUCAAUUCGCGGAGAGAAAUGGCGGCAGGUGCGAUCUUUAUUAACUCCAGUCUUCACGUCUCACAAAAUGAAAAGUAUGUUUAAGUUAAUGUCAAAGUGCGCUGCCGAUUUUGGCAGCUUCUUGACGCAAUUACCACCAGAGCAGAGGAUGAUGCAAAUGAAAGACAUCUUUGCUAGAUAUACUAAUGAUAUGAUUGCUACUUGUGCUUUUGGCAUUACCGUUGAUUCCAUGAGAAAUCCAAAGAACGAAUUUUACGUAUAUGGUAAGGAAGCGACUUCUUUCGACGGUAUUGCCUUAAUAAAAUUGUACAUAUUUAGAAAUUUUCCUUUGCUAGCGCGAUUAAUAAAUUUGAAAUUAAUCCGUCAGAAAAUAGUAGACUAUUUUCGAGAUCUUGUGGAAAUCACUAUAAAAACCAGAGAUGAAAAUGGUAUUGUUCGGCCUGAUAUAUUACAAUUGUUGAUGGAAAACAGGAAUAAGGAAGAUAAGGCAAAAUUGACUAUCGAAGAUAUGGUAUCUCAUGCAUUUAUCUUUUUCUUUGGCGGUUUCGACACUGCUUCAACGGUAAUGUCCUUUACUGCUCACGAAAUCGCAGUGAAUCAAGAUAUACAAAAAAAACUUCAGAAUGAGAUUGACCGAAUCUUGAAAGAAAACAAUGGAGAAGCAUCUUACGAAGCAAUUAAUGCCAUGGAAUAUUUGGAUGCUGUAAUUCACGAAGCUCUCCGAAUGUAUCCUCCUGCUGCGACAACGGAUAGAUUAUGUGUAAAAGAUUUCGAAUUACCACCAGCAUUAUCAGGGAUGAAUUCUUUUACUAUCAAGAAAGGACAAAACAUAUGGAUACCGAUUUAUGCACUUCAUCAUGAUCCUAAAUAUUUCGAAAAGCCAGAAAAAUUUGAUCCCGAGCGGUUUCUUGGUGAGAGAAGGAAAGACAGUCUCAAUUGCGGAGCUUAUAUUCCUUUCGGGCUUGGUCCCAGAAUGUGCAUAGGUAAUAGAUUUGCGUUGUUAGAGAUCAAGGUUCUAUUCUUUCAUCUAUUAGCCCGUUGCAAUUUGAAAGUCUGCGAAAAGACACCGAUACCGCUCAAACUCGCUAGAAGUGGCAUCAUUAUGAAGCCUGAAGGUGGUUUUUGGCUAAAUGUAGAACCAAGGGAGAUUACAUUGGUAGAUGUAAGAUCAUUGAUGAUUUAAUUGAUUUAUUUUUUU